AAGGGGAACUGUCGAGGCUCGGGCGGCCGCAGAGGCCGGCUGAGCGGUCCCACCCCCGCACCCCGCAGGCGGAGGACAGAGAAAGGGGAAGGGGCCGGAGCAGCGCGUGGGUUUGGGAGGGGCGGCGUAGAUAAGGGGCGCCCCAAAUCUGCAGAUCCGCUUCCUAGUGCCCCGGAUCGGGGCGCGCCGCCCGCGUCUUUACGCACGUGAGAACUUGGCACUCCGAGCCCCCGACGGCCUCCCGCGGGGCGGGGGUACGGGACUGAGCCACUUCCUCCCCGAGGCCGCUCCCCGGAGCCCAGCGGCAGACCUCAUCGCCCCAGCCCGCCGGGGGACCAGCUGAACCUCCGUCCGGCUCCGCGCCGGGCCCCCGAUCAUCGUCUCACAGCAGGAGCGACCGCGCCGGAGGUUCGCCAAGAUGGAGCAGACGUGUGACGAUAUAGACCAAAUGUUCAGCGAUUUGCUGGGAGAAAUGGACCUGCUCACCCAGAGUUUAGGGGUUGAAACUCUUCCACCUCCGAUGCCUGACCCGCCCCAAAGUGAAUUUAACUACAGUGUUGGUUUCAAAGAUUUAAAUGAAUCAUUAAAUGCACUGGAGGACAAUGACUUAGAUGCUCUAAUGGCUGAUCUUGUAGCAGACAUAAGUGAAGCCGAGCAGAGGACCAUCGAGGCCCAAAAACAAGCUUCUCAGCACCAACCAAACACAGCAUCUCAGUCGUUGUCGGUCUUGGGCAAUGGAGCUUCCCUUGGCUAUAAGACAAAUUUUACCACCACUGGAAUUAGCACUUUUGAGGAUGAAUUGCCUCCCCCACCUGCUGACCCUGUGUUAGACCUUCCACCCCCUCCACCUCCCCCUCCUGAACCUCUCACUCAGGAAGAAGAAGAGGCACAGGCUAAAGCUGAUAAAAUCAAGCUAGCCUUGGAAAAACUGAAGGAGGCCAAGGUUAAAAAGCUUGUCGUCAAGGUCCACAUGAAUGACAACAGCACAAAGUCACUGAUGGUGGAUGAACGGCAGUUAGCACGAGAUGUUCUGGACAACCUCUUUGAGAAAACCCACUUCGAUUACAACCUGGAUUGGUGUCUUUAUGAAAUAUACCCAGAACUACAAAUUGAGAGGAUUUUUGAAGACCAUGAAAAUGUUGUUGAAAUCUUAUCAAACUGGACAAGGGAUACUGAAAAUAAGCUAUUAUUUUUGGAGAAAGAGGAAAAAUAUGCUGUAUUUAAAAACCCUCAGAAUUUCUACUUGGCUAAUAGAGGGAAAAAAGAAGGCAAGGAAACGAAUGAGAAAAUGAAUGCAAAGAAUAAAGAGUUUUUACUAGAGGAAAGUUUCUGCGGGACAUCUGUCAUUGUGCCAGAAAUUGAAGGAGCUCUUUAUUUGAAAGAAGAUGGAAAGAAAUCCUGGAAAAGACGCUAUUUCCUUUUACGGGCUUCUGGAAUUUAUUACGUCCCCAAAGGAAAGACUAAGACAUCACGGGAUUUGGCUUGCUUCAUACAGUUUGAAAAUGUAAAUGUUUACUACGGAACACAAUACAGAAUGAAAUAUAAAGCUCCAACUGACCACUGCUUUGUACUGAAGCACCCUCAGAUUCAGAAGGAGUCACAGUAUAUUAAGUAUCUAUGCUGCGAUGAUUCAAGAGCUCUAAAUCAGUGGGUCACUGGAAUAAGAAUUGCCAAGUAUGGAAAGAUUCUGUAUGACAACUAUCAAAAGUCGAUGGCGAGAGCUGGGCUUGCCUCUCGGUGGUCUAACCUGGGGACCGUGGACCCAGCCGCUGCAGCUCAGACCCCCUCCAAAGGGCAUACAGUAAGCACUGUACAACCUAAUGGACAGAUUUCCCAGCCUACACACUCUGUUAGUGGAAUUUUCCAAGAAGCCCAAAGACAUGUUGAAGCAACAAAGGACAAGAAGCCAGCCGUUAGUAACUGUGAUACACCAGCACCUCCAGCCAACAAUCUUAAGAAAUCCCACCUGCUGCCGCCACCACCACCACAGCGACGGUCUUCUGAUGUGAAUUCAGUGUCUCUGAUGCCCCUCAAACCCAUGCUACCCUCCAAACUGUCACCUCAAGAUGAUUUUCCUUUACCACCACCUAUGGGAGAGGCUGAGCUCCCCCCACCGCCACCAGAGUUUAUCGAAGAGCCUCCCAACUUUGUGCCUCCUCCACCUCCCACAGUUUCUAGUGGUGAUGAAUUUCCAUUACCACCUCCUCCUCCACCUCCACCAUUCCAAUCCACUGAACCCGGUAAACCUCUCCCACUCAUCACUAAAAAGCCUCCAAUGGCUCCCAAAAGGCUAGAGAAUCCAGGACCAGCCCCUGGGGGUGCAAGCGGGGAGCAAGAUUUUAUGUCUGAUCUGAUGAAAGCUUUGCAAAAGAAAAGAGGUAACCUAUCCUGAAUUUUUUUUUGUUUUCUGGAAGAGAAACAAGACAAAACAUUUCUACAUAAAUAAGCAUACCUUUUUUUCACUGUGGAUUUUAAUUGUAUUCUUGAGACCACUUAAUGAUUGCUUUUAUAAAAUAUUAACCACAGUAGAAAUGAUAAACAUAUUUUCAGUCAUUAACUUUUUCAGAAUUGACUUACUGACUAGUGGCUAAACAUCUUUUCUUUGCACUUCAACUGAAUAUACCCUUGUUUUUUUAAAUUGACCCACAAUUAUGUUAUAUGUCUCAUUUAUUUUAUAAUAGAAGAAUUACAUAAAAUGUAACAUUUUAUAUAGAAACAUUGUAUAGGGGGUAGUAGGUGGAAAUCAUAGGGAGGCAGAUCUUAGCCCAUUAGCUUUCCCAUAAUGGAGGAAGCUAUCUUGUAAAAUACUCUAUGUCUGAUAGCUGAGGCUGCAUGGCCAAAGCCAGAGAUGCUAUAGAAGGACUACGUAUGUUGGGUGGGAAAGUGGACAGGACACCUUCAAGAGCCCUCCAAGUCGAACAGUCUACAAUUCUAGAUUUAAAAGCCAAAAGGAAAAUGUUUUCCCUUUGUGUUUCUUAAAUCCAAUAGAUAAAAAGGCAGCACGAUGUGCUGGGCAUAAAGCUGGUCUUGGAGUCACAGAAUUUUAGAGUUGGUUAGGUCUUCAGUGUCCACACAGUCCAUCUAAUUCAUCUAGCUCUAUAGUCAAGGGCAAACCUCUUAACCUCUCAGAAUCCCAGAAAACUCUGAAACUACAAAUUAUAGAUAAAUUGAGCUUAUCUUAAUGGAGGGAGUUAAUACACCAUUGUAGAGAACUCUCAGUCCAGACCAGAGAGAGGGGAGGGAAAGAAAACUGAACACAAAAUAUUUUAUAAUAAAAUCUACCCUUUAAAAUAAUUUUUAAAUAGUUAUUAAUUCUGGUCAUAGAAUUAUCACCAACUCUUAACAGUGCAUUUCCCCAAAGCAAAUAUACAAGUUUCUCCAGCCCUAUUCCUAGGAAAACAAAAGGAAAAGAAAAUUAAAAGGCAGUUUAUUCACUUUAUUUUUAGUUCACUGCGCAUUUCAUUUUAGAAUGCAUUGUGCAUGUCCUUGGUUUUUUCAUGGAACACAAAAGAGAUUUGAAUUUGUAAAUUAACCAUCACUAAAGUAUUGUGCGUUCCAGUCUCAUCACUUUUCAAAUGUAAGAAAGAUGAUUAUGCCUCCAUUUUGGUAUAUGAAAAAUGAAGCUUAGAAAAUAAGCUGCAUUUCAUUUUACUUAAGGACCCUAAGUACUUUUUUAAAAUACGGAUGAAAAAUUUUGAGGUUUGUCAGUUUCUAACCUAGAUAUUAAUUUAAAUAUCAGUUUGCCUUUAUAAAGUACAGUUGAGAGAAAUAUGAUUACACUUCAAUGUAUUUAUUAAAUUAUAAUUUAUGAGAUCUUAUUGGUUAUUUUAUGAAUAUGUGUUAGCACAAGGACAAAGGAUAACUAACAUAUAUACAAAAUUCCUCUUUAAAAUCUGUACAUCUAUUAGAAAAUUACCAGUUACCAACAUUUAAUUCUGGGAGAACCACAGACAUCCAAGGUAAUUAGAAAGUGUGAUUUCCCAACAAACAGUGAAAUAAAUUUCAGGAAAGCAAUUUCCCAGAUACUUGACUCAAAUGCAGUGAAGUAAGGGCAGGUACCCAUGGCAUCUCCCUUCUUUACCCUGCCUGUUGGCCAGUCUAACUCUAAGCCCUGUGGGCUCAGGAAUCCAUUUCUUUGCAAAGCCCCAAAGGCAGCACAGUUUAGAUAUUUGGAGUUUGAAGAUUUAAGUUUAUUCUUUUUUUUGUUUUUGUUUUUGUUUUGGAGGGGAGAAGGCACGGCAA